UGACUGACUGAUCAUACAAUUGGUUGCAUUUAAUUGUCACACAUUUAAUGAUAACAACUGAUAUCCGGAGGAAAUCCACAGUUUUUUUCGUUGUCUUUAAAUAUUAUAGUUAUUAUUAUUAUUAACCAAAAUUGUUGGCCAAAAAACACUUUCCCGAGAGAGAGAGAGAGAGAGAGAGAGAGAGAGAGAGAGAGAGGAUGAAUCUAAUGGACAAACCGGUAAACAAAUGGUCGGCCGAAGAUGUCGGCAAUUGGUUGUCGACAAACGGUUUCCAGCGCUAUGUCCAACAGUUUCGCGACGACCAUCAAAUCGAUGGCAUCUGUUUGCUAACCCUCACCGAAGAUGAUCUCCGCAGUCCACCGCUACUCAUACAAGUGUUGGGUGACAUCAAACGGUUGGGUAUUGCUCUGCGAUCGCUACAAGAAGCCAAUACCGAACUGGUAUUAUCGGUGAUCAGUCGGCCGCAGAUAUUGAGUUCGCUGGACAAGACCUAUAUGUGGCUAAAACAACGCCAACUGAUUGACUCAAAUUCAGAUCAUUCGCCAAAUCAUAACCAUCACCAUCACAACCAUCAUCACUUCCCGCUGACCGCUGAUCGGCUGCUGUUGACCACUGAGCCCGAACUGGUCGAGAUUAAACCCGAAUCGUGGAAGGCAUUGAUAGCAAUGAUCUACUUUUUUGCCGCCACUUGGAUAACGGCCAUCAUUAUGGUUAUAGUUCACGAUCGGGUACCCGAUAUGCAGACCUAUCCACCGCUACCCGACAUAUUCUUGGACAACAUACCGCUUAUUCCGCACGCCUUCGAUAUGUGCGAAGUUUGCGGUCUCGUCCUAUUCAUUACAUGGAUAGUGGUUCUCAUAUUUCAUAAACACAGGUUUGUUUUGUUGCGACGGAUGUUCUCAUUGUUUGGUUCAGUAUUUUUCCUGAGAUGUGUAACAAUGUUGAUAACCUCGCUAUCAGUUCCCGGUCGACAUCUACAAUGCAAAGCCAGGCCAUACGGCAGUUGGUUGGAGCGUCUUCAUCAGGCAUUUGUCAUCUGGCAGGGCGGCGGUAUGUCCAUACAGGGUGUCCGCACGUGCGGCGACUACAUGUUCAGUGGCCAUACUGUUGUCAUAACUUUACUCAACUUUUUCAUUACUGAAUACACUCCUCCGACCCUCUAUCUGGUCCAUACACUCUCAUGGGUUUUCAAUCUGUUCGGCAUAUUCUUCAUACUGGCCGCACACGAACACUACUCGAUCGAUGUUUUCAUUGCAUUCUACAUCUCUACCCGAUUAUUCCUCUACUAUCAUUCGCUGGCCAACAAUCAGGCACUGUAUCAAAACGAUCGCAAACGUACCCGCAUUUGGUUUCCAUUGUUCUACUUUUUCGAGUCGGGCGUCCAAGACAUCGUACCCAAUGUCUACGACAAUCCGUUUGUUUCCCGUAGAAACUGGAACUACAAUCCAAGUAGUGUUUGCUUGUUCUUCAAGAAAUUGUUGCCAAAUAAUAUAUUCACCAAAAAUAGUGAAAAACAGUUAUAAAAUUAUUUUAUUUUAUUUUUUUGAUUAAUUAAUUAGUUAAUUGAUUGAUUGAAAUU